UCUCUCAUCCUCUGUCUGUGUUACUGCAGGUUAUAUCAGGACAAUUCUUAUCAGAUAAGAAGAUUGGCACAUAUGUAGAAGUGGAUAUGUAUGGGUUGCCCACUGACACUAUACGCAAGGAAUUCCGAACCCGCAUGGUUAUGAACAAUGGACUCAAUCCAGUUUACAAUGAGGAGUCAUUUGUGUUUCGGAAGGUGAUCCUGCCCGACCUUGCUGUCUUGAGAAUAGCAGUGUAUGAUGACAACAACAAGCUAAUUGGCCAGAGGAUCCUUCCCCUGGAUGGCCUCCAAGCAGGCUAUCGACACAUUUCCCUUCGAAAUGAGGGAAACAAACCUUUAUCACUGCCAACAGUUUUCUGCAAUAUUGUUCUUAAAACAUAUGUGCCUGAUGGAUUUGGAGAUAUUGUGGAUGCUUUAUCAGAUCCAAAGAAAUUUCUUUCAAUUACAGAAAAGAGAGCAGACCAAAUGAGAGCUAUGGGCAUUGAAACUAGUGACAUUGCUGAUGUACCCAGUGACACUUCUAAGAACGACAAGAAAGGAAAGGCCAACACGACCAAAGCAAAUGUGACUCCUCAGAGUAGCUCUGAGCUCAGACCAACCACCACAGCUGCCCUGAGCUCUGGCCAGGAAGCCAAGAAAGGUAUUGAACUUAUCCCCCAAGUGAGGAUAGAAGAUUUAAAACAAAUGAAGGCUUAUUUGAAGCAUUUAAAGAAACAACAGAAAGAGUUAAAUUCUUUAAAGAAGAAGCAUGCAAAGGUACAGUGCCUUUUGUAUGCAUGUGUAUGUGUGUGUUUCAUUUUCUUGGCUCCUUUGUGUUUUACUUUUAGCUCUCUGAUGAAAACCUACAGGUUCUAUUUUGUGUUAUGAACAGAUGAAUUAUUCAUAGCUACAGACACUUCUUAGAAGCUAAUCCUAUCCAACUAGACAGCAGUACCUUCAUUUUAACUGGUUAGCAAUGAAAUCAAAAUGUAGAGUCCUUUGGGGACUCAUCAUUACUGAUUUGUACUCUGAAUUUCUAACAGUUGUUUCAAAAGCUUAACUCCCACUAAUAAUAUGACUUCAUGAAAAAUAAUUGGCAAUGAAGCUGACUAUUGAAGACCAACUCACAACCUUAGUUACUGGUUGGCUAAAUUCCCUAGAUCAGUCCAAUAGCUUAGCACACAGAGUGCAGUGGAAGCAGAUGCUAGCAAGCCCUGAAUUUCUGAUCCACAGCACCUAAGGAAGGUUCACUUCUCACUUUUCCCCCCUGGGUUAAGUUAACUCAACCCAAUAGCCAAUUUCUGAAAUUUACUUAUUUUCCCUUUUCACCCAUAAGAAGUCUUUGAGAGAGGAUGGGAGAAAUUUUGAGAGCCUGUUGCAAAUUUAAGAGAACAACAGGAGGCUCCAGGAAUUCUCUAGUAGGUUGAAAAACUUCUCAGCCUUCAAGCAUUCCCUUGCAGAGGAUGUUGAAAAAAUGCAGAGCCUUUUUCCUUCUUUCCUUCCUAAGAUAACAACUGUCCUAGAAGGAUCAUGUGUGUCCUCUUCCAUGAAGGGCAGUGAGAGCAAGAGAAACUUCAUUUCUUAGUUUGAAAGGGCCUCUAAGCUCUCUAAAACUAGUUUUGUAUUCUCACUUCUCUACACUCUGACCCAAGCCUCACACCAAGGCAUCUCUUCACUGCUGGGUGUGAACCUUGUGCCUUUCAAUCAGUCCAGGUGCUAAGAUGCAAAGGGCAUGGCCUUGAUGCUUGUCAUUUCUUUUACAAUUUGUGCUCCUUUGAGAGGUCAAGCCUAAUCCUGGUUUAGCAGUGUUCCCUGUAUUAUUGAAUUGAUGGGUCAGUGACUUGCUGAUACCAAGGUCAGUUCAAAGACUCUUCCCAAGUUUCAUAAACAAUUCCUUUCAUUGCCUAAUGGGGAAAUUCCUCAUAGUGAAGGGGUGUGUGUGUGUGUGUGUGUGUGUGUGUGUGUGUGUGUGUGUGUAUGUAUGGCAGGAUAUUAUAGACAGAGAUGUUUAAAGUAGGGGUUUCAAUUUUAUUGCUUAUUUGCAAUGAACUGCAAUACAGCAAAGCGA